AUGGAUCAACUUCCCGAUGGCCUAAAAAGUGCAAUUCAAGGUCUCCAGAUCCCGCUGAAAGACUACAAGAAAAUUCACCCGCCAUCCUUUUUCCUGGGUUGUUUAGUGACCAUCAGUCUAACGCUCUUAGAGCCAGUUUUAAGGGCUUUAGUAGGAGGCAUUGUAAUAAGCAUCUUGAGGCUUGUUAAGUUCGCCGUAUUAAUAGGAGGACUCUACUUGUGUGCUACGGUUAUUUUUUCCAAGGACAGCGCUCCACAGCCCAAAAAGCUUGCUCAACUGUUCAAUAAAAGUGAAUCGCAAGUGCGGUUUGCCCCAACGCCGAAGAACGACUUCGUAAACAACGCAGACCGUGCCAUUGAAACGGAUAAUUUUGUUGUGGCGAGGGAAGAUGUACGUAAACAUGGAAGACGUGGAUAUGUCGAAGAUGAAUCGCCAGAACGCGACGCAGCGUACGAGCGAUUCAUCAGAAAGGCAGGCAGCGGCGGCAGGAAACAGUGA